AUACACAUUACACACUCUACCCCACACUACAAUUUUGUCUUCUUGUCUUAUAACUCUCUUUCCUUCAAAAUCCCUUGUUCUCUGUCUCCGUUUAUAGGUUUCAAUUUGAUAAUCUUUUUGCUUCUUUCUGAGUAAACUUUUAUUCUUUGUACAUAUCAACAAGGUUUCCAUGGCUACCAACAAGUUUGCAACCAUGUUGCAUAGAAACACCAACAAAAUCACCCUGGUUCUUGUCUAUGCCAUGCUUGAAUGGAUUCUGAUCAUCCUCCUUCUUCUGAAUUCCCUUUUUUCUUAUGUGAUCAUAAAGUUUGUGGAUUAUUUUGGGCUUAAAAGACCUUGCAUAUGGUGCACAAGGAUUGAUCACAUCAUAGAGCCGGAAAAUAACAAGUGCUCUUGCAGGGAUCUUGUGUGCGAAGCUCAUGCUUUUGAGAUUUCCAAACUGGGUUUUUGCCUGAAUCAUAGAAAAUUGGCUGAAUCCGAAACUAUGUGUGUGGGUUGUUCGUCUUCAUGUCACCCAAAUUUUGUGAACUUGUCUCAGACAUGGAUGCCGCAAAUGGGUAUGAUUCAUGAUGCUGAUGAUGAUAAUAACAAGGUACUUGAGAAUGGGGUGGAGCCUUUGAGGUGUUCUUGCUGUGGUGUCAACUAUGUGAGCAAGUUCUACCUGAUCAGAGAUAAGCCUUCUUUGAGGGUUUUGGAUUGUACCCAGAAACAGAAUUUGAUUACUGAAAGUGGGGUUGAGUCAGAGAUUGACGAGGGGCAUCAUCACUCAGAUCAUGGCGGAGAUGAUUUUAUUCUUGAUCAUCUUGAAGAGGAAAGGAACACUGUCGAAAACAAGGGAAGUGACAUUAUUGUUUUUGAUGAUGAUGAGGGUUCAGGUGGAGGAGGAAAGGGGGCAAAUGAUGUUAAUAUUUGUUCUGUGUGUGAUGGUGCAAAAGAAACUGUGUGUGGUGAAAAAUACACAUUCUAUUUGGGCAUAGGGAAAGGGCAAGAAGAAACAAUUAGAGAGGAAAGUCUUAGUGUUCCUAAGGAUGUUCGAUCUUGUGAAGUGAUCACUCAUCAAGUUGCUUGCACUAGUGAGAACACUGAGCAAAUUCCACCCAAACAUUUGGAUUUUGUCAUUCAUGGUAAUGAUUUCUUUUUGAUUCCUGUUGAAUUUGGAGACUCCUUUGCCACAGAACGUGAAAAUCAACAUAUGUAUAUGGUGGGGGAUGAUGGGCUUAGUGGUGAUGAAGAUGUUAUUUUGGAUUUUGAUAUGAAUUCUGGGGUAGAACCUGAACCUGUAAUUGAGAAUUGGCACACUUUUGAGGAUACUGUGUCAGUGUCUUCAGGUCCAGGGUGUAUAAAGGCAUUCGAGGCCUAUGGGGCUGAGUCAAUUCCAUUAAGGAUUAGAGGGAAGAGCUUAGAAUUAAUUGUAGAAAAAGAAAGUUUGGAGCAAAAGUAUCAAGAAGUGAAAUUUGCUCAAACAACUGUUGACACAGGUAUCAAUGGCAAUGUUGAAACAAACAUGAAAAGAUAUGGGGAGUUAUGUUCAGCUGUAUCUCAAGUUGCAACACAAAUGCAGGGUGAUGAAUUAGAAGCAGAAGUCUCAACUCAAUAUCAAGAUAUUCUCGAGGAUUCAAGUCAACAAAUACAAGUCCCAUCUUCUAUCACUACUACUUUUACUGUCCAAGAUGAUAGAGAGAAUCUGUAUCAACUACACAAAAAGCUACAACUGCUUGGGGGGAGAGAAUCAAGAACAGAAGAAUUAUUGGAAGGAAGUGUCAUUAGUGAUAUAGAAUGUGAUGAGUUGACAAUUGAGAAGUUGAAAUCAGCACUAAAAGCUGAAAGAAAAGCUUUAAGUGCUCUAUAUGCAGAACUAGAAGAAGAGAGGAGUGCAUCUGCAGUAGCCGCAAAUCAAACAAUGGCAAUGAUAAAUAGGCUUCAGGAAGAGAAAGCUGCAAUGCAGAUGGAAGCUUUGCAGUAUGAGAGAAUGAUGGAAGAACAAUCUGAGUAUGACCGGGAAGCUUUGCAGCUUUUGAAUGAACUUAUGAUAAAGAGGGAAAAAGAAAAUUUUGAACUAGAAAAGGAGCUUGAAAUAUAUCAAAAAAAGGUUCAUGAAUACGAGGUUAGAGAAAAGAUAAUGUCAAGAAGGGAAAGUAAUAUAAGAAGCAAAACUUGUCCCUCAUGCAGCAAUGCUAGAGAUAGUGAUGGACUAUCUAUUGAUUUUAGUCAAGAUACAAAGGAAGAAAAUGGUACUUAUAGCCAUCAAGAGUUUAGCAACCGGAACACUCCUGAAGAUGCUGUUAUAUAUUUGGAGGAAUCAUUGGCAAACUUUGAGGAAGAGAGGUUAUUAAUUCUAGAACAACUGAAGAUGCUGGAAGAAAAGAUUGCUAUAUUGAAUUAUGAAGAAGAGUAUUUUGAUGGUAAUAAAUCAAUAGAAAAUCUUUGUGAAGAGAAUGGAAAUGGUUACCAAGAUCAUAAUGAUCACAUAGGUCAUGUGAACGGAUUAUCAAAUGGUAAGCAUCAUGAUGGAAGGAAAACAAUGUGUACAAAAGCCAAGAGGGUUCUCCCACUCUUUGAUGCAACUGGCACAGAAGCAGAAAACAGGGCAAUGAGUAGUGAGUUAGAUUUUACUUCCUUGCAAAAUAGUUCAGAUGAGAAGGUUCAAUUAGAGAAGAAAAAGCUUGAUGUAGAAGUAGAGAUGGAUCAUGUUUAUGAGAGACUACUAGCUCUAGAAGCAGAUAGAGAAUUUCUAAAGCACUGUAUCAGCUCCUUGGGGAAAGGGGACAAGGGGUUAGAUCUUAUCCAAGAAAUUUUACAACAUCUUCGUGAUCUCAGGAAUGUGGAACAAAGAAUCAGGAACAUGGGAGAUAUUGCUGUGUAAGAAGUCUACUCAAUUAUGCCAAAAUGAUAAUUGAUAUCAUAUGUUAUGUUGGAGUUGAUGUAGAAACUACAAAUCAAGCAUCACUUUUGUCCCUUCAUAGAUAUGGACAGUGGACAUCAAUGCAUCACAUCAACUUAACCUAAUAAUUUAAAGUUCCUUGAUGGAAAGUGAAGAAUCAUGGUAUGGUCAAGUUGACAUAAUGGUUAUAAACAAAACUGACUUUUGUGGGGUGUGUCCAUAAUUACCUUUAUGGAAAAGGAUGGUAAGGUAUUAUUGCAUAUGCCUAGGCUAGUAAGGUGAAGCCACCCUGGCUCUUGUAUUUUAUGUGGAAAAGCCAGGAUAGCAAAGCUGGAGAAAUCCAACUAAGAUUCUGGUGCCAGAGGUACCAAGAUUUAGUUUAUUAGACAGACAGAAUGAGGGCCACUAGUUUUGUCAUUUUUCUUUUUACCUUUUGGGGGAAGAGGGAAUAAUAGAGUAAAGAGGUGAAUAGCAUUAGUCUCUUCCUUUUCUCUUUCUCAUCUUUUGCAUUAUUGCAUCUUAGAGGCUUGUUUGUUUCUACGUGGGAAAAGCUGAGUCACUUCACUCACUUGAGUACACUAAAGUAAAUGUAUAAUGUAUUUAUUUGUAAUCGUAUAAAAAGUUAGUGUUUGUUUA